UCUAGCUGGAAAACAGAAGGACGGAUUGAGUGGGAAGCAGAGUCAAGUAUAGCUGCAGUUGCAGUUGGAUGACUUCAGCCUUUCCGUAGCGAUAGCUACAGAGCAGGGUGGAGCCAACAUGGCUGACUUAAGACUAUAAUGUUUCAACCCAGCAGAUGUAUGGUUCUGGAUGACUGAACUUAAAAACAGUGAAGACUCAACAAGACAGACAGAUAGCUGAGACAAGUGGCAACCGGUGGAUGCAGAGGACAGACAACUGCAGCCAUGACGAGUAGAAAAAAUUCAUUUUUUGAGUUCUGGAGGAGCAAGAAGGAGAGAGGAGCUCUUCUGAGGAGAGCCAAUCAGCUAAGACUUCUUCCUUCACAGCUGAGGCGGUUGCUAGGUGACAGUGGAGUUCGGGCGGCACUGCAGAAUGGCAAGAUGGCGUCUCUGCUGCCCCCUGUUGGUACGGAGGUCUUCAGAUGCUUCACACUGGCCUCACUGGGGGAGAUCCAACGACGACAUGAAGCCGAGGAGAAGGAGCGACAGAAGAGGAAGAAGAACAAAGAGGUAGUGGAUAAUGACCUGUCUGAACCAGCCAGUGACCUGGAGGCAGGGAAGCCCCUCCCAUUCAUCUUUGGGGACCCGCCGCCUGAGCUUCUCAACACCCCAUUGGAGGAGCUGGAUCCCUACUACCAAUCACAGAAGACGUUCAUUGUGCUCAGUAAAGGAAACAUCCUCCACAGGUUUAAUGCUGAGCCGGCCUGUUACCUGCUGAGUCCGUUCAGCCCACUGAGGACUGUCGCCAUCAAGAUCCUCAUUCACUCUUUAUUCAGUUUCUUCAUCAUGGUGACGAUUCUGACCAACUGUGUUUUCAUGACGAUGAGCAAUCUUCCAGCAUGGAGCAAGACUGUGGAAUACGUGUUCACAGCCAUCUACACGUUUGACACCAUCAUAAAGGUUGUGUCCAGAGGCUUCUGUGUCGGAAACUUCACCUUCCUCAGAGACCCCUGGAACUGGCUGGAUGUCAUGGUCAUCAGCACGGCAUAUCUGACAGAGUUUGUAUAUUUGGGGAAAGUUUCUGUGCUGAGGACAGUUCCUCGAGUGCUGAAGAUCAUGACAGUCAUCCCAGGUCUGAAGAAGACUGUUGGAGCUCUCGUCCAAUCAGUGAAGAGGCUUGCUGGUGUCACUGUCCUGACGGUGUUCGGCCUCAGCAUCUUGGCUCUGUUGGGUAUGCAGCUUUUCAUGGGAAGUCUGAAGCACAAAUGUGUCAUGCUGCCGUGGCCUAGCAACCUGUCCGAAACAGGAAGCAGUGAUUUCGAUUUCAACGAGUACAUCAGCGAACCUGAGAACGCCUACUUCCUGCCUGAUCACUUUGAUGCUCUGCUGUGUGGAAACAGAUCUGACGCCGGGGUCUGCCCGGAGGGUUACGUCUGUCUGAAGACAGGGAGAAACCCAAACUACGGCUACACCAGCUAUGACACAUUUGGUUGGUCUCUGCUGUCCAUGUUCAGACUGAUGACCCAGGACUUCUCGGAAAACCUGGUGCAGAUGACGUUACGAGCAGCAGGUAAAACCCACCUGAUCUUCAUGGUCGUCAUCUUCCCCAGCUGUUUCUGCCUCCUCAGCCUCGUUCUAGCUGUGGUUGCCGUGGCGUCCGGCAAGCAGGAGGAGGACGGCGUCGCCGAGGCCAAACAGAAGGAAGAAGAGUUCAGUCAGAUCCUGAAGGCACUGAAGAAGGGAGAGGAAGAGGAGCAAGCAGCCUGUAGGGAGGAGCUCUCAGAGAAACAAGAUGGUGAAAACAGGAAGAGCCACAAGCAAACAUACACUGCCAUGGAAGAGUUUGAGGAGGACCGGAGGUCGUGUCCUCCAUGUUGGUUUGUCUUCGCCGACCUCCUCCUGAAGUGGAACUGUUGUGGUUGUUGGCGGUGGCUCAAACAGUGGCUCUACACCUUCAUCAUGAACCCGUUCUUCGACCUUGGGAUCGUCAUCUGCCUCGUCCUCAGCACUGUCUGCAUGGCCAUGGACCAUUAUCCAAUGACGAAGGUGUUUUCAUGUCAGCUGAGAGUCGCUCAUCUGAUCUUCACAGCGAUCUUCGCAGCUGAGAUGAUCGUCAAACUUUUGGCCAUGGACCCGUACGGAUAUUUCCAGGUGGGCUGGAACGUCUUUGACAGCAUCAUCGUCGGCAUCAGUCUGCUGGAGCUGUAUAUGGACGAAGUCGGCUGCUUCCUAGUGAUACGAGUGUUCAGGCUGGCCAGGUGGUGGCCGACCAUGCACAUGUUGAUAAAGAUCAUCAUGACCUCGGUAAGAGCAGUCUGGAACCUGACUCUCAUUCUGCUCAUCAUGGUCUUCAUCUUCUCCAUCGUCGGCAUGCAGCUGUUCCAGAAAGAGUACAAAGACUACGUUUGCAGCAUUGCAAUCGACUGCAAGCUUCCUCGCUGGCACAUGAACGAUUUCUUCCACACCUUCCUCCUCAUCUUCAGGGUCCUGUGUGGAGAGUGGAUUGAGACCAUGUGGGACUGCAUGGAGGUCUCAGGUCAGACCAUGUGUCUCAUCUUCUUCGUGAUGGUCCUGGUCAUCGGAAACCUGCUGGUCCUGAAUCUGUUCCUGACCUUGUUGCUGAGCUCGUUCAUCAGUGAUAGUCCAGAAAAAAAGGAAAAAAACAACCUGCAGAUCGCCAUAAGCCUGAUCAACAAGGCUGUGGCCUGGAAAAAGACUUGGAUCCUGGAACAUAUCUGGACUUUGCUGGGAAAGAAGAACCAUGUCAACCCAGACCACACAGCGGUCGCCAGUAAGGAAGACAACAGGAAGGAGUUCCUGGCCUUGAGCUUUGUGACUUCAGAACAGCCAGUGUCAGAGGUCAAGGCCCUCAGCGGUAACCAUGGCAACCUGACCAGCAACUACCCUAACAUCGAAUCCCAGAGGGUUGCCAUCGCUGCGGCCGAGAUCGAGCUCGAAUUCAAGACGUCUGAAAAUGAAGAAGAGAAAAAGCAGAAAUGUGACGACAUGCAGAAACAUCCUGAAGUCCAGCAGGACGAAGACGAUGAAGAUCAUAAAGGAAACACACCUGAGGACUGCUGCAGCAACAAGUGUUACCGUUGCUGUCCAUUCCUGGACAUAGACACGUCCCAGGGCAGAGGGAGGGUCUGGUCUAACUUCAGGAGAGCAUGUUUCUCCAUCGUACAACACAAAUACUUUGAGACCUUCAUCAUCUUCAUCAUCCUACUGAGCAGUGGAGCUCUGGUGUUUGAGGACAUUCACCUGCAGCACCGUCGGGUCUUAAAGAUGGUUGUGGAGAAAGCAGACCAGGUGUUCACCUACCUGUUCCUGCUGGAGAUGCUCCUCAAGUGGAUUGGCUUCGGACUCAAGAAAUACUUCACCAACGCCUGGUGCUGGCUCGACUUCCUCAUCUUACAGGUGUCUCUGGUGUCUCUGACAGCCGACAUGUUGGGAUUUUCUCAACUGGGAGCCAUCCAGUCUCUGAGGACUCUGAGAGCUCUGGGGCCCCUGAGGGCCCUGUCUCGCUUCCAGGGGCUGCGGGUGGUGGUGCGGGCUCUGGUCUGGACCAUCCCGUCCCUGUGUAAGGGGCUGCUGGUGUUUCUGGUCGUCUGGUUGAUCUUCAGCAUGCUGGGAGUUUAUCUGUUUGCUGGAAAGUUUUAUUACUGUUUCAAUGAGACGUCCGAGGAAAUGUUCUUUCCUGAGCAGGUGGACAACAAGAACGAGUGUUUGUCUCUGAUGGCUAACUACACCGAGGUCCGCUGGAAGAACACAAAGUUAAACUACGACAGCGUGUUGAACGGUUACCUGUCGCUGCUGCACCUGGCGGCAUCAGCAGACUGGAACGGCAUCAUGUACGCAGCUGUGGACUCCAGACAGGUGGAGUCUCAGCCGGUCUAUGAGUACAACCUGAACAUGUACCUGUACUUCAUCUCUUUCAUCAUCAUCUCCUUCUUCACCUUCAACCUCUUGAUCAGACUCAUCAUCAACAACCUGCAGAGAGACAAGUUUGGAGGGAAACAUAUUUUCACAACAGAGGAGCAGCAGAAACAUUACAAGGCUGUGAAGAAACUGUUCUCCAGGAAACCUGUUCCCCGACCUCAGGAUCAGUGCCAGGCUCAGCUCUUUGACCUGGUGACCAAGCCGUCUUUUGAAGUCUUCAUGUUCGUGUUGAUCUGCCUGAACAUGGUGGCUCUAUUGGUGGAGACGGACGAGCAGAGCUGGGAGAAAGAAUUCAUCCUGAAAUGGGUCCACAUCCUCUUUGUCAUCAUCUUCUUCACAGAGUUUAUUCUGAAGAUCAUUGCGCUCAGACAGCACUACUUCACAGACGGCUGGAACAUCCUCGACUUUGUGGUGAUCAUCGUGUCCAUCGUAGGCAUGUUCUUUGCUGAAGUAAUGGAGAAGUACAUUUUCCCGCAAGCUUUCUUCCCUGUGCUCCGAUUGGCUCGUAUAGGUCGUAUCCUCCAUCUCAUUCGCUGUGCCAGGGGUAUCCAGAAGCUGCUUUUGGCCUUUAUGAUGUCACUUCCUGCCCUCUUCAACAUUGGCCUCCUCCUCUUCAUCAUGAUGUUCACCUUCUCCAUCUUCGGCAUGUUUAACUUUGCCUAUGUGAAGAAGGAGGCCAUGAUCGACGACAUGUUUAACUUUGAGACGUUUGGGAACAGCAUGAUCUGUUUGUUUAUGAUCACCACGUCAGCUGGAUGGGGCGGUCUGCUGAGUCCCAUCAUGAACACACCUCCAGACUGCAAUCCCAACAUAGAGAACCCAGGAUCGAUGGUCAGAGGGAACUGUGGCAGCCCGGUGGUUGCCAUCGUAUUCUUCACUUCCUACAUUGUCCUGUCCUUCCUACUUAUGGUCCACCUGUACAUUGCCGUCAUCCUGGAGACUUCAAUAGAGGACACCGAGCCACUGUGUGAUGAUGACCUCCAGAUGUUUUAUAAGACCUGGAGGAAGUUUGACCCCGACACCUCGCAGUGCAUUCAGUACAGUAAGCUGUCAGAUUUCUGCGACACUCUGCAGGAUCCUCUGAAGAUUCCCAAACCAAACACCAUCAAACUGAUCCACAUGGAUCUGCCUCUACUUCCUGGAGACAAGAUCCACUGUGUGGACGUCCUUCUUGCACUCACUGCACAGGUGUUGGGUGAUUCAGAAGAGAUGGACACUCUUAAAGUCAGAAUGGAGGAAAAGUUCAUGGCCAACCCGUCCAAGGUGUCGUAUGAACCAAUCAGCAGCACCCUGCGGAGAAAACAGGAGGAGGUGGCAGCAACGGUGAUCCAGAGAGAGUACAGGAAACACCUCCGGCAGCACAGAGAUGCAGAGGAGACGGAGGUCGAGUCUGUGGAUGUUGGCGGUGGUGUUUCAGAUUCCUCCCGCCCGGGUGGAGCUUUAGAUUGAAAACUAUUACGUCUCUGUGUCUUCCACCUGGAUCAGGAACUGGACUACCUGAACACCUGCAUGGCUACUGUAUUUAUUAAGGUAACUACCAGUGAGGCCACCAAAAAAAUGUUAUUAGAUUGAUUGAUUACAGCCUAUUAACCUUCCACAGGGACUGCUGUAGGUCAGAGUAUCAUAUUUGUAAUUAUUAAUUCUCUUGUCUGUCUUUGAUACCAGCGUAUCAGGUUCCACAUAUUUGUUAAUGUUUACUGAUAUAUGUGCAGAUUUGUGUUGCUUUAACAGUAUUUCAGCUUACCCUGAAGGUCAAAUGAAUGCAUUAAUCAUCACAGUAGGAACAAAGGGUCACUUUAGUAUAUUUACCUCCAGUAGUAGCACCGCCACCCCAAUCAAUACCACCCUCAUGAAACCACCCCCCCAUGUAAAGGUUAACCACUGAACAUUGCUUUUAUACAUUUUUCCUUUUUUAUACAUUUUGUAUUGUAUUUUGUUGUGCAGUGUUGAUGUUGUCGGGUUUUGAUGUUUCUUUCAGGCUAUAUUUGUAAAACUAAACAAACUAAAUAAAUAAUAAUAAAAGCUCAA